AUGACGUUCCAAUUCGGCUUCGCGAGCAGUGGCGAGGAGGAUACGCCAUCGACCACGACCAGGGAUGCAAUAUUAUCCAGCCCUGCCAAUCCUCAAGGCUUGGCCGACCCUAGUGUACCGGUCAAGGAGCACUCGCUUGAGGACUUGCUGUUAUCGCUACCUGAGCACAUUAGCUAUAGCACAGUACGCAUAGAGUCACCCACUGGCCGUGUUCUGUUCCUGCCAAAGCGCGACCUUUACGAUGUCCGUGUCCAGCUUCUUCAGGAAAGUGCAAGCAACGACGUAGUGAUCGACCAGCUCGACAAAUCUGACAUACAAAGUGGCGUUUACGAAGGCGGUUUCAAGACUUGGGAAUGCUCGCUUGAUCUGGCGAGCUUACUACUGGACCGUGGCCCGCGUAAGGAUAUCGACGAACUGAUCCGAUGCGAUCAGAUUAUCGAGCUCGGCGCGGGAUCGGCAUUACCAACUCUGGUCUUAUUUCAGCAUGCCCUGCAGAAUGCCAUACCGCUGGCGUUCACACUGGCCGAUUAUAAUGACAUGGUGCUACGCCUCGUUACACUACCGAACAUGAUAUUGACGUGGGCAGCAAACACCGAACAUAUCGACUUACCUACACCGGAGUUGAACGAGACGAGCAGUGGCGACUUUGAAUUGACACCUGGGGUGUUGGAACGCUUCACGGCUGAGAUGAAGUGCAAGCAUGUUUCCUUUCGCUUUCUGUCCGGCCCCUGGUCACCUUCUCUAGCGAGUCUCAUACCCCCUUCCGCGCCAGAAAUGGGCACUGUGAUUCUCGCAGCGGAGACGAUAUACAGUGAGGCGGCCACCGAAGCGUUUGUUGAGCUUGUUUGCCACCUCUUGCAACGAGUCAAGAUGUCAAAAGCGAUGGUCGCCGCGAAGCGCAUAUAUUUUGGCGUUGGCGGGAGCGUCGACGGGCUGAAAGCUGCAUGCAGAGAACGAGGAGCCGUCGCUUACGAGAUCGAAAACCAUGGCGUACCCGGAAUGGACAGUGGAGUAGGCAGGGCUUUGAUAGAGAUUCAAAUGUAUUAG